AUGUCUGACAGCACACACAAGGUUCCCAUUGGCAAAACCAUAGUGAUCAUCACCCAAGUAAUCACCACUUCAGAUCAGCUUAAUCAAAGCCUGGAGGAUUUGCUAUGGUACACUCAGCACGAUGACUUAAAGCGUCUAGUAGGCUUGGAUGUAGAGAAACAUUACAGUUCAUCUAUUUCUUCUACCUCUAGCAUUGAAAAGGUUUCUGCUGUAAUGUUAUGUUGUGGCAACUAUUGCUUAAUCAUCCAACUACUCCACAUGGAUUCAAAUGCAUCUUGCUAUCUCUCCAAAUUCCUCCAACUUGAAGGGUUAACUUUUGUUGGUGUUCAGAUUCAGCAUUGCCUCAAAGCAUUGGAUAGGGAUUAUGGGAUCAAGUGUAGGAAUGCGUUAGAUUUGGACCUUGCCACCUCUGGAAGAAGUGAACGCGGAGAAGCAAAAAGAGAAGCAGUGAUUGCAUGCAUUUAUCUUGCAGUUCGUCCUCUUUUUCUGUAUGAUAUAUUAAGGGCCUGCAUACUUGCAGUAUGA